AUGCCGGCGUCUGAGUGUGGAACUCGGAUUCGAGAUAGUCGCUUCCUCAGCAAUGUGUACAUCCGAGGACUGGGGGCGUUUAUGCUCUUCUGUGGCGUGUGUUCACUCUCGCAGCAGUACGCGUUCGUGAGCGAUGGAGGCCUCAGCGAAAGAUACAAUCUCCGUAGUGCAACCAUGCAGAAAGCGUUCUCCUUGGCAGCUCAGAACACGCCUGAUGUUGAUCCAAAGGAGUCGUGGUCGCUGAAAGCUUCCGCCUCGACGGACAACACUUCGACCUCAGUAGAACCACAACCAACAACACAACUACCCAUCUCUACGACGGUAGCGCCUACAACAGCUCCUACUGAGAAACCUACGGCGAAGCCUACCGAGAAACCAACGCCGAAGCCUACCGAGAAGCCAACGGAAAAACCUACUGAGAAACCAAAGCGUGUUGCCGAGCCUCGUCAAGUCAUCAAGAAAGGAUCGAAAGGCAUUCUCUUGUGCUUGCACGACGGUAUCUUGGAGCUCGGUAUUUCUCUAAUCCGUGAGUUACGGUGUCUUGGCAAUAAAGAGCCCAUCGAGGUGCACCAUUGUCAUGAUCUCACGAGACCUUCCGUCGAUCUUCUCUUCGGUCUCGAUGACAACAUUCAAGUCAUCGAUUUGUGCGAGCGGUAUGUCAACAAGAAGAUUUUAUCGGACGAACUGGCCAAGAGCUUCCAGAGUUACUGGAUCAAACCACUGGCCGUGCACUUCACCAGCUUCGAAGAGCUCAUUUUCCUGGAUGCUGACGCGAUUCUGCUAAAAGAUCCCGCAGUGUUGCGUAAUAACGAAGGGUACAAGAAAAACGGCACGCUCUUCUUCUACGACCGGGUGAUCAACAACAACCAGUAUCUUAACAAGAAGACGGACAAAGGUCCGAUCUACCUGCACCAGUGGCUUAAGAGCUUCGACUACAAGCGCUUCGGACUCGCAUAUGCUGAUCCGUCACCUGCUUUCAAGAAGUCCUUUGCGUACCGCGGUAAGACAGCGCACGAGCAGGACUCGUCCAUGCUAUUGAUCAACAAACGAAACGCUGAGAAGGCCAUGAGCGUUUUGUGGUUUCUAAUCACCGAGCACCGCUUCAUCUACGAGUUCUCUUGGGGUGAUAAGGAGGCGUUUUGGCUGUCGUACGAGCUCUCGCAUACGCCGUACUUCUUCUCACCAUGGGGUGCCAGUGUCGUGUCAGAUAUUUCCAACAAGGACAUGGAGCGCCAUCCGGACACGCUCUGCGGUAGCUUGGCGCACUUUGAUCCGACAUUGAACGCCAGCGCGCCGGCCGAGCUGCUGUAUGUGAACGGCCGGUCGCUCGUGGAUCCCGUGCCGUUCCGCCUGCACAAACUGAAGCUGUUGCAACCGAAUCUCGUGUUUAACAUGAUGCCGACCCAUGUGACUCCACGUCAAGCACGACGUGAACCUUCGGGUAAGGGCGAGUGGCCUGAGUGUUUGACCGGAAUGGGCUCCACGCCUGUGCCACGGCAAUUACUGCCGAAUCUUUGGAGACGACGCCAGCACUUCCAGGCCAUCUCUAUGGGCUUCAUUGAGCCUUUGCUGGAGUGUAAUAACCCAGGUGAUCGCCUCCCAGAGAUUCCAGAGGCCUCGAAAAAGGCGAAGAAGUAGAACAUAGCAAAUAGCAUUUUGUACUGUUAUAGUUGCAGUUUGCGUGAUGGGCAAGUGAAACCAAGCAGAAAAAAACUUUAGAAAUGACACGGAUUGAGUCAUUUGAAGUUUCUAAAUUUUACAAUGAG